AUUUUCCAUAAAUAUAUUGUUAUAUUAAACCCCAACAUCCACAUUAUAUAUACUACUGUAAUAAAUUAGCAAAAUAAGAAAAACAAUAAUGGCACUCCAAGCUUCAAUAAUCUCUCUAAUUUUCGUCUUAUUCAUCUUCUUCGCAUCCGUUACAGCAGUUCAACACAACCUAAAGAUUUUUGACGUAAGAACAUAUGGUGCAGCUGGAGACGGCCAGAAAGACAAUACUCAGGCAUUUUUGUUGGCAUGGAAGGAUGCAUGCGGAUUUGCAGGAAAAGCAACGGUUUAUGUUCCGGUUGGGAUAUACAUGUUGGGGCAGAUGGCUUUUGUUGGCCCUUGCAAGGGGCGGCCGAUCGUGCAUCUUCAAGGAGUAUUAAGGGCACCGUCUUGGUUCGGUCCUAGUGAUUCCUGGAUAACUUUCCGGUACAUAAACAAGUUGGUGGUGAAAGGCGGUAAAACCGGUACUCUCGACGGCCAAGGACAAUUUGCUUGGAAGAACAACGAUUGUCACAGCAACUCUAAUUGCUCACCUCUGCCCGCCACUUUGCGAUUCGAAUUCGUAACGAAUUCAAGAGUUCAUGAUAUAAGGUCCAUCAAUAGCAAAAACAGUCACAUUGUCAUUUUCGGCUGCAAGAACGUCAACAUGACCAACAUCAGAUUAACAGCCCCUCAAGACAGCCCCAACACUGAUGGCAUCAAGAUUGGCAGCUCCACUAAUAUCAAAAUUGUCAAAUCCGUAAUAGGUACCGGGGAUGACUGCGUAGCCAUACUUGCUGGCAGCAGAGACAUACUAAUUUCCAAGUUGUUCUGUGGACCUGGACAUGGCAUCAGUGUAGGCAGCCUCGGCGGGUUCCCGAACGAGAAGAAUGUGGCCGGAUUGAUAGUAAAGAACUGCACCAUUAGCAACGCUAAUAAUGGUGUUAGAAUCAAAACAUGGGAAUCUCCUCAUCAUUCCAUUGCUUCUGGUUUCACUUUCGAAGACAUUUUCAUGAACAAUGUUCAGAAUCCGAUAAUUAUAGAUCAGCUCUAUUGUCCACAUCCUCCUUGCAAUGACCAGUAUCCAUCGCAUGUCCAAAUAAAGGAUGUGUUAUACAAGAACAUAUGGGGGACUUCCAUUACAGAAGUUGCAGUGUCCUUGAAAUGCAGCAGUGCAUUCCCAUGCAAGAACAUUGUGAUGAAGGACAUCAAUUUGGCUCACCAGGGAUCCGGAGCUGCAAAGAGUUUGUGUUCUCAUGUGGAUGUCCUUUCCUUCGGCAAACAAAGCCCGCCUCCUUGCUUAUAAUAAUUGCUUCGUUCUGAAUGAUCUUCCAGUCCAGCUGGUGUUUAUUAGAAAAUUCUAUAUGUGUGGGCUUCCAUUGAUCAUAGAUUUUGAUUUAAUAAAACAAGUUGAUUUAU